AUGGCUAUGGUUGAUGAGAAGUGGGAGCCAGUGUCGGGGUCCAUCUCCGACCCGCGAGCUGAGGAGCACAUUACCCUCAAGUUUGGCUGGGACGAAGACUGGGGCUACUGGAUUAGGGUGAUGGACAAGCGUCUUGAAAUGGCUGAUGACUGGCGUUGUCCGUACAACACACUCGCGGAACUCGACAAGCUCAGGGCAUCCGUGCUAGACGGCGGUAUGGCGGGCUGCUAUUUGAGUUGCUACACGGGACCCCGGGGCGAGGGAACAAAAGUGGACUUCGAGACCUUGAUGGAUCUCUGGUUAAUAUAUGAGGUCCCCCAGGAGAUGAUGAAAAUUACUUCUGAGUUUCGCAACUUGACGAAACGAGAGGUCGACGAGGUUGACGCUACUGUCGCUGCCAAAAACGCCAACGAGUGGGUCAACCCAUGGGGUCGCAAGCGCCGCAGGUGCGUUUCAAACUAUGGAAUAGAAAGCGAGGAAAGCGAGGAAAGCGAGGAAAGCGAGAAAGGCGAAGAGAGCAAAGAAAGCGAUGGGAACGAUAAAAUGGAUGAAAAUGGCGAAGAAGACGCCUAG